AUGGAGCCCAGUGAAGCAUCUGUCCCAUCGCUGGCAAAUAUCGCUGGAUCCCCAUCACGACGCCCUUCAUCUCCACCACUCAAUGAAGAAAUCGCUAGUGGCAGGGUGACAGGAUUGGGAGCAGGUGGAAAGAAAUGUGUUUGGGCUUGGGGCUCAACUGGCGAAGAAAAGUGGAAUCCGGAUUUGGAAAUUGGCGUUGACUGGAAGUCACUCAUACGUACAGCCCUUCUCCCACUGACUACUGACUUUUUUCCGGAUGCACGAAGCAUUAAAGAAGACUAUUUUGUUCAGGCCCAUCAGUUCCCGGUAUAUCUGGAUGCCAUGCGUGAAUGGCUGGGUGAUCCGAAAUGCGAUGACUUGGAACGACUUCGAAAUCUUCUCUUCGAUCAACUCAUUUGUCAGCGUCUGCAGCGAGGAUUCCAGAUUGUGCUGCUGAAUAAAAGAAUGGUACAUGCGGCUAUUGGUAUUAGUGUAAGCCACUAA